GCUGUGCUGGGCCCCCCGGGACCCGGCCACGGUCACCUCAUAGCCGACCUCCGCGUCUGCGACGCCGGCUGGACCACUGCGGUGGGAUCCGGACACCGCGUCCCGCUGCCGGCUUAGGGUCACGGCCAGCCAGAUUGGCUGCUCUUCGGCACCUGCCUUUCCCCAGCGAGGGCCCACACGUCUCCCUGCAGGCCACUGCUGUUCCCAUGGAUGUGUCCCAGGAGCCGGUGACCUUCGAGGAGGUGGCCAUACACUUCUCAAGGGAGGAGUGGCAGUGUCUGGACCCCAGCCAGAGGGCCCUCUACCGGGACGUGAUGCUGGAUAAUUUUGGGAACUUGGCCGCACUGGGAUUUUGCGGCCCCAGACCAGACCUCAUCUCUCACCUGGAACAGUGGGAUGAGCCAUGGGUUGAGGAGCAGGAGAGAGCCAAGUUUCAGGAAGCGUGGAGGGCUCCCCAUUUUCCCACCUCCCAGCUCCCGGAUUCUCUCAGAAGUGAGAUCAAGCAGAUGUGUGAAAAUGAGACAAGCUGGGAAGACACUGGGUUGUGUGGAGCCCCAGGACGGAGAGGGUCUCAGGUCCCUGGCUGGAGAGGAGCUUACAUCCUGGAGGGAGCAGGGAAGUCCCUUUACCAGAAGAGACAGCAUAAUCGGCUGUCGGCAACCCAUGAGGAAAUCCACGAGUCCAAGAGAGCCGAGGCUGGCGCUGGUUUCGGGAAGAGCUUCCUUCUGAGCUCGGACGACGUGCAGCUUCCCUGCAUGGCGGCUCUGCAGUGCGGCGGGUGUGGGGUGUGUUGCGGGCAGCCGCCAGGCCUCCAAGAGCAGCAGGAGUGUCCCGCUCAGGAGCAGCCAUUUAUCUGUGACACGUGUGGGAAAGUCCUGAGCUGUCACAGCCGGCUCACUGCUCACCAGACGGUCCACACGGGAGCCAAGUCCUUCGCGUGUUUUGAAUGUGGCCAGACCUUCAGGUGGGUCUCAAACCUGUUGAGACACCAGAGAAACCACACAAAUGAGAAGCCCUUCAGCUGUGAGGUGUGUGGACAGGCCUUCAGCCUGAAAGACCGCCUCGCCCAGCAUCGCAAGGUCCACACUGAGCACAAACCCUACCCGUGCGGGGACUGUGGGAAGGCCUUCAAGCAGAAGUCGAACCUUCUCCGGCAUCAGCUGCUACACAGCGGGGAGAGGCCUUUCUGCUGCACAGACUGUGGGAAGGCCUUCCGCACCAAGGAGAACCUCACCCACCACCGGAGGAUCCACAGCGGGGAGAAGCCCUACACGUGUGCCCAGUGCGGCAAGGCCUUCCGGUGGCCCAAGGGCUUCAGCAUCCACCAGAGGCUGCACCUGACCAGGAGGGCCUACGAAUGCGACCGCUGCGGGAAGGGCUUCCGCCACCUGGGCUUCUUCACGCGGCAUCAGAGGACCCACAGGAGAGGGGAAGUGUAGGAGCGCCCACGGCGCGUGUCUGGGUCUGCAGGCGCCGCGGGAGGCGGUGGGUCCUGACUUAACGAGGCGGGAAGAAGCCACCUUGAUCCCAGACCUGCAGGAAAGGUGCAGUCAGAGCUCCUGGCUCUCCCGAGUGGCAUCACUGGGAACACCGCCCUCCAGGAGAAGUGGGUCUGAGGGGCACACUGUGGCAAGAGCCCGGGUGCUCCCAUGGUCAUGGUAGCAGGAGGAGGCCAAGCAGGUGCAGCGCCAGGUUCCAGGUGCCAGGCCCCUGCCCCUCCCCAGGGCCAAGGGCUCUCCCUGUGACCUUAACUUUCUUCCCUUCCUACCUCUUUUUCACUCCCUUCCUUGUCUGGUCUGUUUGUCUUUUUCAACUUGCAUCCCAUUUCUGCAUCUUAAGGCAGCUGUGGGUUUUACACAGAAGUACAGCCCCUCCUGCAGUCUUUGUAGGUGCAACUUAGAAAGGGGCACCUUUGUAAUGUCGUGAGCUCGUCAGAGGAUUCCAGACCUUCAGUGGUCACCCGGAACUCAGAACCAGAGUUGUGGUUAGCAAGUCCUCUGCGUGAGGACACGGCAUCCAUCUGGUACCUGCUUGGGCCCGUGUGUCCUCACAAGUGUCUAAGAACCCUGCCCUGGCAGCCCCGUUGCUGUGGCCCCUCUCUCCAGCCUAGAUUAACUUGUAGAUACUAGGUCUUUGGUAAAACAUCAUGGCAUCUUGCUGUGUGUGUUUGUUAAUGUUUGUGAGCACGUGCAGUUUGGAGGGCUUUUCUCCCAGAGUUAUGUGAUCAGAUGCUCGCAGAUCUGUCGAAGAAGCCAUGUGGGUCUGCACGGUCCUUUCGCUCCAGACUCAGCCCUUUGCUCCCAAGAGCACAGCUGAGUCCCUCCGCCCGGUGAGGUCAGGCACUGGGAGCUUCUGGUACUCUGGUGGUGACUGUCCGUCAGAGCCUGUGUCGGCUGCAGGGACGUGUGGUGAGGAAGCCGGCAGAGGGUUCCCGUGUGGCCCAUGAGGCCUGGAGGGGUCUCACCAGACCUGAGUACGCAUGUGGAUGUGUCACCGACAUGGCUCCCGGCCUGUGAUGGCUUUGCUCAGCCCCAGGCCCUCUGCUUUUAGGAUCUUUCUUUGCUAAGUAGGACCCCCACAGCCACUACCAUGUUGUGGCUUUAUGGUCACCACAGCAACUGCAGGUGCCUUUGUGCUGGUGGGUGGUGUCCAGGAGCUGAUUAGGUCGGAGUGGUUGACUGCUCACCAAGGUGACCACUGCCACGCAAGUCCCCCCACGGCACCUUCAGGAGAGACUUAGGUCCCGCACCUUGAAUCAGUGAGUGAAGUCCGGUCUUAGAGCAGUAAGGGACAGCCGUGUUCGCGAGAGGGAGUUUUAGGAGGAAGAGGCACCUCUUUGUUCUAAACUUCAGGCGUCUCCGCUUGACCAGCACGGAAGUAUAACUGCCAAGUGCAGCUCCCGAGGGCAGCGGCUCCCACUCAGAGCUGGUCAGGGCAGGACACUUGCCCCCUUGCUGGUAUGAACACCGUUUCAGGUUAGCCAAAUAGUUGAUGAAAGAUUCUGAUUUUCUUUUGUUUUUUAAGAAUUCCAGCUAACAAAUGUGGAUGGAAUGAUAGAAUUAGAAGUGAGUAUACAGGAAAUGGGGGGUGAAGGGCAGGUUCAAACCACCAAGAGGAAGCACUGAGCCAGAUCAGACAGGGAGAUGCUGCCAGGCAGUGACCUCUCAGUGAGUCAGGCUGGGGAAGAGGGGGCCGCCAGGGACCAGUGCUCUGAGGAUGUCUGAUCCUGAUCUGCGCAAACCAGCUGAAGAAGGCACGUCAGAGACUGUUGUGGAAAUCUGAGCAUGGACUGGAUGGUAGUGGUAUUAAGGAUUUUGUUGUGAUAAUGUCAUGGUGGUUCUGUUUUUAUAAGUCCUUAUUAAAGACACAUUCUGACAUUCAUGGGUGAAA